AUGGCUCUCCUAGACCAUAGAAAACCAGACGCCUGGUCAUACUCGCAAAUUCACCAACUCACCCACCAAUGCCAACACAUCACAACAGCAGUCAGGCCUCCCAUGCCGGCAGCGUCUGCUCCAGCGUCCAUGAACAAGGCGAUCAACGGUAACUAUAUUAGUGAAGCCAAUCGGCAACUUACACGGCUUUCUAAAGCCAUUGGACAAGAUGAGGUCACGCGAGAGAAGCUGCUGCACGCCUUGGAGUUUUCCGGGGAGAAUGAGAAGCUGGAUAUAUCGGCCUGGGUUUCUGACGUGAGCAAUGAUCACUCGCCUUUUGAAUACUCAUUGGCUUUAUCCCAACACACUGGAGCAUCUGAGCUGCGAUUCUUGAUCGAGGCUCAGCCAGAGGAAAAUAGCUUGGCCGCCCUCCAAGAAAGGACCUCGCGCUUGACCGACGACAUAGCAAAAGAGUACGGCCCCACAAAGGUCUCUCUGGACCGCUUGAAUCUCGUUCGGGAUUUGUUUUUCCCCUCAGAUGCUGAGGGUAGAUUAGCCUCAUGGCACAGCUUCGCUACCUCAAAUACACUGGAAAAAUGGAAGAUUUACCUCAAUCCACUAGCUUCUGGGAGAAAAAACGCCUUUAAAGUGACGAGAGAAGCUCUGGAGCGCUUGGGGCUGGCCGGCUCGUGGAAAUUAUUGGAGAGCAUCAUGACUGGCGACGACUAUCCCAUCUACUUCUCGCUUGGUCUAUCGCCGAACCCAGAAGACGCCGAAGUCAAGGUAUACGUUGCGCACCGCGGCGCGUCUGCAACGCAGAUCGCGCAAAAACAUGUCAAGAUGGAUCCCAAUUCCAGCGUCCAUGCGAUCGAACUAUUUUACUCCAUCAUGGCUGGUGGCUCGCUUGGGCCGUACCGUGGAAAACCCGGGUUAUCCUGUUUCCAUUUCAAGAACAAAGAUCCGUCUCGACCAGCGGCCCGUACGGUCCUCUACCCAAUGGACAGCUACACAGCAAAUGACGCCGAAGCGCGCGAACGUAUCGAAAUGUACAUGGAUGCUAUUUCUGCGCCUCAGUUGUACCGAGAGAGAUAUAAAAACGCCAUCAUCGCUGUGCAGCGCCGGCCUUUGGAGGCUGGUCGUGGCAUCCAUAGCUGGGUUAGUAUGAAGGAGAAGUUGGAUGGCACGAGGUCCAAUACGUUUUAUCUCUCCGCUGAACUGUACGGGUGUCUUUUUGAUGACGGCGCCUCGAACGGUGGCCGCUGA